UGUAAAAGCAUUGGACCUUGAAAGGCCAAAAAGGGUGUUAAAAUUUUUAAUUAAUAAAUUUCAAAAAAACCUAAAAAUGAGUAUUUUAUGCGAGAAGAAAGAAUUUGUUUUUCAUUUAGAGGAAUAUGAUGAUUAUUAUUCAACUAUAUAUUUUGAUCAGAGAAUUUGUCCGAAUGAUAAAUAUUUGCUUAAAGUAGAGGAAAAUGAAUUCGAUAUUGUAGGUUUUUGGUGGAUUAAAAAUGAGAAUCCAAACUUCAAUCUCGAACCAAGAAAGUUAUAGAUUGGGUUGACCAUUUCUUAAGGGUGUUGGGAUUUUUUUCAUAAAGCAGCUUUCAUUAUUUAAGAAAAAUAAAUUGUUUAAAAUAAUAUUAGAAGCUUGACUUCGAUUUUACAACAACCUCUUUGCCGGAAAUAUAAAACUAAUAAAUUAAAACUAAAAUUGCGUUAUCCCUUAAGAGUGUUCACAAAAAUGUUACAUGUGCGUAU